CUCCCGGGUCGGGGCGGGGCGUGGACGCCGAUGCCUCCGGGGCGGAGUGUGCGGCGCUGAGCACCGAGCGGAGCGGGAGGGGCGCGGGAACGGGGAUCGCCCCUCGGCCUGGCGGUUCCCCUCAGCCCCGCUCCAUCCCGCCCAUCCCAUCCCUCCGGCCGCGGGGCACCAUGAACGUGCUGGCCCCGGUGCGCAGGGACAGGGUGGUGGCCGAUCUGCCGCAGUGCUUUCGGAAGGAGGCCGCCCUGCACACCCGCCCCGAAUUCCAUUCCAGUGUGAGCAGCGCCUGCCAGGAGCAGCGGACGGGCACUGUGGGCUUCAAGAUCUCCAAGAUCAUCGUGGUGGGGGACCUGGCGGUGGGGAAGACCUGCCUCAUCAACCGUUUUUGCAAGGACACCUUUGACAAGAACUACAAGGCGACCAUCGGGGUGGACUUUGAGAUGGAGCGCUUUGAAGUGCUGGGGGUGCCCUUCAGCCUGCAGCUGUGGGACACGGCCGGACAGGAGCGCUUCAAAUGCAUUGCCUCCACCUACUACCGGGGAGCACAAGCCAUCGUCAUCGUCUUUGAUGUCAACGAUGUGGCAUCCCUGGACCACACACGGCAGUGGUUGGCAGACGCCUUGAAGGAGAACGAUCCCUCCAACGUCAUCCUCUUCCUGGUGGGCUCCAAGAAGGACCUGAGCACACCAGCUCAGUACAGCCGGAUGGAGAAGGAUGCCCUCAAGGUGGCCCAGGAGAUGCAGGCAGAGUUCUGGGCUGUGUCCUCACUCACAGGAGAGAACGUGAGGGAUUUCUUCUUCCGUGUGGCAGCACUGACCUUUGAGAGCAGUGUGUUGGCAGAGCUGGAGCGUGGCAGUGCCCGGCGGAUCGGCGAUGCCGUACGCAUCGGCAGCACCGAGAGCGACCUGUACCUGUCAGCACCCCGCAAGAAACCCAAAUGCUGCCAGUGAGCCCCGCGGCACCUCGUGCCUCCAUACCAAAGAGCGGCGGCCCCGGCGGGUGGGGGCAUCCCAUAGCUAUGCAAACCCCCCCCUAGAAGGGACACCCCCAGCCUUCAUUGUAAUAAAAUGGUUUUUUAUGCUUUUUAA